UUUGUCGUACUCUGCUGCUCUCGUCUUCUCUCAAUCAUCAGAUCGCCCGAAACAAACAGAACAUGUCGUGCUUCAAGGGAAAAUACCACUAUGAGCUCAUCGCCUAUGCUGACCACCUCGGUACCCCUGGAAAGGGUAUUCUCGUUGCUGAUGAUUCGACUGGCACCAUCAGCAAGCAGUUGUUUGACAUCAACGUUGAAGCUGUCGAGUCCCCCAUGCAUACCCUCCUUGAACUCCUCUUGACCACUCUUGGAGCUCUCGCGUACCUUAGUGGAGCGAUUCUGUCCGAGGAAACUCUCUACCAGAAGACCGCUGAAGGUAAGCCCAUCGUAGAUAUCCUGAUGGAAGCUGGGGUACUUCCUGGCAUUAAGGUUGACAAGGGCACAGUUGAGCUCGCUGGCACAAAUAGCGAGACCACCACUCAGGGUCUCGAUGGCCUUGCUCAGCGAUGCCAACAAUACUACGCGGCCGGUGCUCGCUUUGCCAAAUGGCGUGCUGUGUUCAAGAUCGGCUCAAGCGAGCCAUCUCUGCUUGCCAUCAAUGAGAAUGCAAAUGGACUGGCGAGGUUUGCCAUUAUCUGCCAGGAGAACGGCCUAGUCCCCAUUGUGGAGCCUGAGAUCUUGGUGGAUGGUUGCCACAGCAUUGACAAGUGCGCUGAGGUGACGGAGCGUGUCCUCGUCGCUUGCUACAAGGCCCUAAAUGACCACCGUGUGCUCAUCGAGGGAACCUUGUUGAAGCCUAACAUGGUCACCCCUGGAUUGGAAGCCCCCAAGGUUGCUCCGGACGUCAUUGCUGAGUACACCGUCCGUGCCAUGCUGCGAACCGUGCCUGCUGUUGUUCCAGCCAUCAUGUUCUUGUCUGGUGGGCAGAACGAGGGGGAGGCCGUCCUCAACCUCAAUGCCAUGAACAAGCUCAAGGGCAAGAAGCCAAGGAGAGGCCUCAAUCUCAAUGCCACAAGCAAGCUCCUAGGCAAGAAGCCAUGGAGCCUCUCCUUCUCCUUCGGUCAGGCCCCACAGCAAAGCAUCUUGAAGGCCUGGGCCGGAAUGGAAGAGAACAUUUGUGAGGCACGGGCCGCAUAUCUCAGGAGAUGCAAGGCAAACUCGGAGGCGACUCUCGGAACUUACAAGGGCAAAGCUCAACUUGACGAGAAGGCGACCCUCAGAACUUACAGGGGCAAAGCUCAACUCGUCGAGGGCACUUCCGGUUCUCUCCAUAUUUAAAACUGAAAGUACUAAAUGCGGAUCUAGGACAAAAUGCUCUACUCCUAGCCUUUAUUAUGUUGCUUGCUUUAUGUAUAUGGAUGCUUUUGUGUAUAAAUAAAUGUUUGCUGGUUGUUAAGAAA